AUGAGGGCUUGUAUCGUGUUCGCUGUAUUCCUCGUGGCUUUCGCAGCCAUUACUUCGGAAGCACAUAUUAGAGAUGAAGAAUCUACUCACCUCCUGGAGAAGAGAGACACGAUUCACGUGCAGUGGCCGGUUUCCUGUGUGUUUUAUGAGUGUAAUGCGAGCUGCAGGAGGAGAGGGCACAGUGGGGGCACCUGUAGCGUAUUGACCGGAUGCAGUUGUGUUGGAUAA